AUGGAAGCCGACAUCCUAACUGGAGAAGAAUUGUGUGAUUUGGAGCUUGAACCUGUGAGUAACUUAAAAUGCAAUGAUGUUGCUAUCGAAAAGAAUCAGGUAUGCUCCUCUCCUAAAAGAGCUCGGAAAGAGGAAUCAGCUACUGGCGGCGCUGCUUUGCUUUUGGAGCAGGAUGAUAGGAUUGAAGACGCUGAGGAGAUGUCGGAAUCUCUUCACAUGUCUGAACCUUCGUCAGCAUUACCACACCAGCCGAGCUUUUUAGCAAAACAAGCUGUACAAGCACAGCAAACAUGUGCGACAUCUAAAUCUACUCCGUCUCCACCAAAACGCAUCGUAAUAGAUUCGGAGGAUUCAGAAUCGCUAGAUGGACGCCCUAACGAAAGCUCUCAGCGAAUCUUAGAGAAUCCUGGAAAACGGCCAUACUCUUUGGUUGAAAAAAACUUCUUAGCUUCCUUGGAACGCGAUGCCGUAGAGGAACAAGAUGCCUACCAAGAUCGCUUGUCAGAGAUGCGGAUGAUUGUUCUAAAUUAUGAGAUAAAAAGAAGAAUAGAGGACAUGGAAAAGCAAACACCAUAUCAGUUUGGACUUGCGGAGGAGUUAGAGGAGAUCUUCAAGCAAAAUGUAGGAGAUCGCGUGGGCUUUGUGAAGUGAGC